UUUCAGAAAUGCGCCUUCUGUUGGUUCUUCUGUUCUUUAUUACCCCUCUUCAUGCUCUUUUCGACUACCCAUCACCCACAUUUCCAGUCGACAGAUACAAAAAUGAAAGGAUGGAACACGUUAGAGGGAAGCGCUACUACAUUAUAACCGAGCACGCCGAGCAAGUCAAAAAAGCCGCCGCGGAAUACAAGGAUUUUAAGGAAAAACAAGACGAGAAGGAAGCUCCAAAGAUCAGGACAAAACGUGAUUGGUUCGCAACUCUGACUCCAGAGCAGGUGCAAGAACGCUAUACUUUGUUGAACUAUACUAUUAAAAAGAAACACCAUUGAAUUUGGAUGAAGCGAACGAAAUUUUAAUGACUGCUUAUUGUAUUCAUCGAAUAAAUAUUUGUAACCUU